AUGGACUCCUUCAGCACCAAGAGCUUGGCCCUCCAGGCCCAGAAGAAGCUGAUGAGCAAGAUGGCCACCAAGAGCGUGGCCAACCUGUUCAUAGACGACACCAGCAGCGAGGUGCUGGACGACCUGUACCGCGUCACCAAGGAGUACACCCGCAACCGCAAAGAGUCCCAGAAGAUCAUCAAGAACCUCAUCAAGAUGGUGGUCAAGCUGGGCAAGGUCCACACUCUAGCCAUGACGGCUGUCAGCUUCCACCAGAUCGAGUUCACCUUCGACCGCCGCGUCAUGAGUGCCAUCCUGAACGAGUGCCGGGAUCUGCUCCACCAGGCCAUCAGGCGCCACCUGACCGCCAAGAGCCACUCGCGGGUCAACCACGUCUUCAAUCACUUCGCCGACUGCGACUUCCUGGCGGCGCUCUACGGGCCCUCGGAGGCCUACCGCGGCCACCUGCAGCGGAUUUGCAACGGCGUCAACAAGAUGCUGGACGACGGGAACCUCUGA